CUAGACCCAGUAACAAUGUUUGAACAACGUUUUCCGUACGAGUCAAAGUGACGGUACUACUGGCAAAGUUUGCUUGAUGCUUUUCACUCUCUCUCUCUCUCUCCCUAUCCUUUAGGCAGAGAGAGACUUGAGCGGACUUCUAGAGAGAAGAGCAAGCCGCCGUGAGGGUUAGCUGUGACGGUGGUCGUGCAUUUCACGCUCCGGCGACUUACCUUCUAGGUCUUCGGCGACGUUACUUUUAAAAAUAAAUACUUGCAUUUUACGCAUUUCUUUGACGUUACUUUUUUGUUUCUUUUUAAUCUGAAAAUGUGUACGGAGUUUUCCCAAUUGUCUGUACACUCUUUGUUUUUUUCUCUCUAACGCUUAGGAUUUAGCAAUAGAAAGACACAAUCGGCGAGGUGAAGCGUGAAAGGACAGAUCCCGCUUUGAAGCUCGAGGAAAUACUGAAAAAUAAUGCCGUUCAAGAGUUUUAUGGAUACGCUCCUAGAAAAUACGAGCAAGCCUAGCUUCUGCAAGUCUCUGACUUUGGGAGAAAGUUGGAAGUCUAAAUCCAUGAGGAUUAUCCCGGAAGAGUUUGUGACAAGCACGCCUGGGGCUUUUGAGCACAGAGUGGUGUUUAGUGUUCGUUGGGGUAAUUCCUGGCAACUCUGGCUCAAGCGAGACAAGAAAGGUCUGUUUAUGGAAGAAGAAGAUUGGAAUGAGUUUGUCGAUGACAACUUUUUAGGUCCACAUGAUGUCUUAUUCGUCACCCACGAAGACACAAUGAAUCUUGAAGUGCGAAUCUAUAAAAACUAUAUACACCUCAUGAAAGAGAUCAUCUCACCGCCUGUUGAAGCUGAUCCCGAAGCUGAACUGCUUAACCCUAUUCCCCAGAAUUCUCACCAGGAAACUCCUGCCUCUACCUCUGCCUCUGCAUCUGCCUCUGCAAGUGGAGCGAGACAAGGUUGUGUUCCUGUCAUAAACCCUGAGCAAUACCUCGUAAAUCCCAAAAGCCCUUACUUUGUGAAGACGCUGACGAAAAAAAUCGAUGUUCUGUAUGUGAAGCAGCCGGUGAUUGACAAGUAUGGCUUGAAGUUUGGUCCUCAUAAAUCUACCAUGUAUUACCUUAUUGGCAAAGAGAAACACGAGGCUUUAACUAAGAUCUACUGCAACGGCCGCAACUUCUGUUUCAGUGGCUGGGCGGCUAUAUGUCGAAAAUACAAGUUGGGAGAAGGAGACACUGUGGUUUGUGAACUUGAACGCUCAGGAGGUGUGGUUACUGCUGUUAGAGUGCAUUUCGUCAAUGAAUGAAAAGAGACAGAGUCCUCUCUUGUCUCUUUCCUAUGAGUUAGCUUUCUCAACUUAGUGUUCACCAACUUACACCAUUGUAUUGGGCUAUUAAUG